GAUUCCCCACAGCGAUCAGAUGAGAGAGCUGCACGUUUCUCCGCGAGUCUCGGGUCCAUGUUGGCGUUGAUCUGCUGGGUCAUUUCAGGCCACGUCUGUCCGAUCACAGGGGCAAACGCUGACAUUACAGGCAAAUCUAAUAAAGGACAUACAAACAGACUGUGUUGCAGCUUCGAGAACAAGCUAGGCAGCUCUCAUGACAAGCAUCGGGGUGAAGUAAGGCAGGAUGUACCGUAAGAUUUUCAUGUUGGGAGGGAUUCGUGCAGCUCAGCCCUGGCAGGACUAAACGGCCCCCCGUCUUUCUGAUCUUCAGCGGUAUGAGGAAGCACAACGUGAAGGAAGUGUGGUAAUACGCUGCUUCAAAGAAUGUCCUAUCUGAUAUAGACUCAUUUCCUGUUAACUGCCUCUGAAAAAAAAGGCCUCUGCUGCUUCACACGGCUGUGGGACGACUCCGAUAUCACGAAGAACAAGAUAUCAGCGAGUCUGUGGAUGACAACAGCAUGAUGUUUAAGGCCUAAUACACAGCAGUAUGUCAGAGCAAGCAGACAAAUGCACCUCCCGCUGGAAAGAUGAGGCCAUGCAGAAUGGGUACAUACCAAGUUAUCUGGACAAGGAUGAGCUGUGUGUUGUGUGCGGGGACAAAGCGACUGGAUAUCAUUACCGCUGCAUUACCUGUGAGGGCUGCAAAGGUUUUUUUCGACGCACAAUUCAGAAGAACUUGAACCCGACAUACGCGUGCAAGUACGAGGGAAAGUGCGUCAUUGACAAAGUCACGCGCAACCAGUGCCAAGAAUGUCGCUUCAAGAAAUGCAUUGCUGUCGGCAUGGCAACAGACUUGGUGUUGGAUGACAGCAAGCGUCUGGCCAAGCGGAAGCUGAUCGAGGAGAACCGCGAGCGGCGGCGGCGCGAGGAGCUGCAGAAGACGGUUUGGGAGCGACCCGAGCCCACGCAGGAGGAGUGGGAGCUGAUCCGGGUCGUCACUGAGGCCCAUAUGGCCACAAACGCCCAAGGCAACCACUGGAAACAGAAGCGCAAGUUCCUGGUCGAGGAAGCAAUGCUACUUAAUGAAAUAACAUGUAAUUUAUUCUGUACUUCUGACCAGAGUGCAGUGGGGGUGAAGGAAGCCAAGCCUGAGGACAUCGGUUCUGCACCCAUCGUCAACGCACCAGAGGGGAGCAAAGUGGACAUAGAAGCCUUCAGUCAGUUUACAAAAAUUAUCACCCCCGCCAUCACUCGAGUAGUGGAUUUUGCCAAAAAGCUGCCCAUGUUCUGUGAGCUGCCUUGUGAGGACCAGAUCAUUUUGCUGAAGGGCUGCUGUAUGGAAAUCAUGUCUCUGCGAGCAGCAGUGCGAUACGAUCCUGAGAGCGAGACUCUGACACUGAACGGGGAGAUGGCUGUCACACGGGGCCAGCUCAAGAAUGGGGGUCUGGGUGUGGUCUCUGACGCCAUCUUUGAUCUGGGUGUCUCGCUGUCCUCCUUCAACCUGGAUGAUUCGGAGGUGGCAUUGCUACAAGCCGUGAUUUUGCUUUCCUCUGAUCGUCCAGGUUUGACGAGCGUAGAACGCAUCGAGCGCUGUCAGGAGGAGUUCCUCUUGGCCUUCGAACAUUACAUCAACUACCGCAAGCACAAGGUGUCUCACUUCUGGCCCAAGCUGCUGAUGAAGGUGACAGACCUGCGCAUGAUCGGUGCCUGCCAUGCCAGCCGCUUCCUGCACAUGAAGGUGGAGUGUCCCACUGAGCUCUUUCCGCCCCUCUUCCUGGAAGUGUUCGAAGACUGACAACCAACCAGUCGGCCAAGCUGCUCCCACCAACCCAACCUCCACAGAUCUGACCUCCCUCAGACUCCGUCUCCCUGUUUCCGGUCAAAUGACUCUGUUCUAGCACUACUGAGCGUCUUUCAUUCCAUAGAUUUAGGAGUAGCUCUCUGGCCUAUUUUGAAUGGAACCAUUCCUCUUACAAAGCGGGUACAUGUGAAUAGCGUUACAGUUUUUUUUUUUUUUUUUUUUUAACUCUUUGUAAAAACUAAAAUCAACUUUCUGUUACUCUAGUUUUUUUUAUGUUAAAUUGUUUCAUUUCUGAUCAUAGUCUUUGAUGCCACUUAACAGAGAUAUAUGAAAUAUGCAUUUGGGUUUUAUGUCACACGCCAGGCCUCAGAAAGGAAAAAAAAAAAGAACACCACACUGCGAAGGAGGACAGCAAUGUUUUGGUUUCCUUUCACAUCCUUUAUCUGUUGGUCUAAGGGUCUUUUCAUGCUCACAUUAAGCCAUAGAUUGGUUUUAGUUCUGGUCCAAACCCCAGUGAGCUGUCUACCUAGACAACAUUUCAAGAUAAAAUAGGAGCAUCCUUAUAUUGAGACAGUAAAAAAGCAAACGAGGGCUCUUGAAAUAUCACAAUUGUGUUUUCUAGAUAAGAUCACUACAUGGAAAGCAAAUUUUGACUUGACCCAGCAGGCACUGGGCAUCAAUAUAAUGUCAGGUUGAUGUCGGACAGACGUUGCAUUUUGGUUGAGAAUGAAAAUUGAGUUGAUGUUAGUGUUUGACUCCAAUUUGAUGUUGACUUGACGCAGGAUUUUGGUUACACAGCCUAAAAACAACAAACAUUAACGUCAGCUGAUGUCGGUACUGGACAUCAAAUAAACAUUGGCAUUAGACAUUGAAUUGACAUCAAAAUUUAACCACUUAUGACAUUGUGUGCCUGCAGGGAAUUUUUUUUCUGCUGCUCUUGAGAGUGAAUUCACAGUAAUAUUAUAUCUCAUCUUCCUCGCUGCUCUUCACAUUCAUUUGAUUGCUCUGUACUCUUGUUUAUUCGUAUGUCGUGUUUUCUCUGACAUUUUAGGAGAAACAUUUUAGGGCACCCCAGAGCAAAAAAAAAUGGUCAUGUGAACAGUAGGCAUAAAAUUAUACUGCCUUCUAAUGUCAGGAGUUUCAAAGUUGUCAGAUCGCUGUUCCUUUCACACUACACACCAGUUUUUUGUAUCAUUUGCUGGCUUCACACAUUGCACAAUAUUUCAUUAGGAAGAAUCUCCAACAAAGCUCAUCAUUUACAAAAUGCGUACAUGAGAAGUGAUACAGAGUAUGAUCUCUAAUUGGCUGUAGGUCGUGGCUGAUGCAUUUCAAGUCAAAACACGUGGCAAGACUGCGUUCGUGUUCAAUUUUUAUGCCCUUCACUCAUUAACUUCCCUCUCUAAAUUAAACAUGAUCUAUGAUGACGUCAUGAUCGUGUUGCAUUGUUUUCUCUGGAGCGGCCUGGAGUGUCAAAUCCAUUAGAAGUCAAGGCUGCAACUAUUAGCCGAAAAAGUGUAAAGGCUAAAGCUAACACGUCCGUUCUAGCAGUAUGUGGGAAAAGAGACCAGAGGCCAUUCUUUUUAAAUGAAUGGAUGUCAAUGGAGGAGAGUCUUCACUCCGCUAAAUAAACAGAUUUUUUAAGGGAAACGGCUUAUCAUUUAAUAAAUCAACAGCCUAUCUGCUAAUGUUCAGCAUGUUUUACACUAAACAAUACUUUGUAACUAUUUAACGAUUUGUAGACCUUACAGUGAAAAAAAAUGCUGUUUUAUAAUCGUAGUCACUGAUUUUGUUUGCGACAGCUGGGAUUCGGCUUAUAGCAAUUCUCAUUGAUUCCUGUGGGAUCCGUAAAUGGCGAUUGAGUGUCGCACAACUCUGACUGAAAUUCAAUGACGUCAGGGCUGUAAUGUGAUUGGUUAUGAAAGCACACGUGAUUCAAGUUGACUACUAUGCUUUCUCCAUACAGACCCUUUCAUCUCCCUACAGCAAGUCAGUCUCUGUGAAGUAUGUAAAUGAAGCAGACUCACUCCCUCGGUCAAAAUCAAGUGGUUGAGGGCACUUAAGGAAGUCGUGGCCUAAUGGUUAUAGAGUCUGACUCACAACCCAAAGGUUGUGGGUUUGAGUCUCACACCGUCAGGGAUUGUAGGUGAAGUGAGUGAAUGUACAGCACUCUCUCCACCUUCAGUGCCACGACUGAAGUGCCCUUGAGCAAGGCACCGAACCCCCAACUGCUCCCUCAGUGCUGCAGUAUAAAAUGGCUGCCCACUGCUCUGUAUGAGUUCCCCGAGGGGACGUGCUUAGGGAAGUUUCCGAGUGCAUGUCUAAAAGUGGAGUGGAACACAGUCUGAGUCACAGACAGGUCCAGAUAAUUAGCCUGCUAAACAUUUUUGGGCAUUGGCAAUAAAUCUGUGCUUAUCUAAAAUCAUAUCUUUGAUAACACACUAUGCAAUCAUCACUCAUGUGAUCAAGCACUGAUUUGACUCACAUUUCAGAUUUCUUUCAGUGAUCUCCAGAGAACCGAGUCAAAAUGCCUUCUAUAUCUAUAUAUAUAUAUAUAUAUAUAUAUAUAUAUAUAUUAAUUAAAAGACAGUUUUGCAUUUGUAAUACGUCCUUUGUUGUGUUGCAUACAUAUGCUUUUUUCAAAGUAGCUCACUGGGUUUUUGAAUCAGAACUGAUUAAAAAAAACAAAAAAUCUAAAUGGCAAGGUGAAAUGCCAGUCUUGAUGGUGGUUGUGCCCUUGAGUUAAAUCUUGUUUCUUUAUUAGUGCACCUAAAAGCUUUUGGAAAGGCAAACCUACAUGAUACCGCAGUUAGAGUUCACAAAUAAUAUUUUUUUGUUUUUUUUGCUUUCCAUCAACUCUAGCUCUUAAAGAAUUUAGAAUAGAAGAAGAUAGCCUCCAGCCAGCAGCCACUAAAGUUAGCUCAUUAUGCCUCUAUUAAGGUGCCAAAAACCUCCAUAAAACAUCCGUUCUCUGUUUGGUCUUGUGUCAAGCUGAUCGGGGGAGCUUGAGGUCAUGAUAUUUUACCCAUCUGUCUCUAGAUCUUUGACCCGCAGGGAUGCAACUCUGUUCAGUUGAACGCUUCUUCUCUUCUAUAGCUGUCACACGACAGACCAGGGCAAUGCUUCUGCUUGAACUUGUUGGUGCUAUGAGUUUGCCGAUUUAUACCUCCGGGAGUGCUGUCAGUUAACCUCCGAAUCGUCUGGAGGAUGACGAGCGCAAAUACACAAAACGCUGAGGUCAGUGGUCAACCCUGCAACAAACAGGGAUGCUUUCGGAUGUGUCUGUGAUUGUUGUUUCAGCCGUUUCUGUUCUGGUUUUCUUCUUUUACUGUAGUUUUCAAUCUUUCUAGAGAUGUCCUUGUGUGCUGCAAGAGAGUUUGAAUCUCGCAUACCUCUACUGAUUACCAGGAACCGCCAGACCUUUUUCUUUUUUUUUUUUUUACUGUUGAAAGAUGGACAUGAAUUCAGAUUCUCACCUCAAAACACGGAGCAUGUUCAAUCAGUGUUUUGUUAUAGUGAUGCCUUUUGUAAGCAAUAGAAUCGCUCCAGUGGUUUUUCAUGUUUUGAAUUACACAUACAAACGUACAGGCCAACGUAGAUAUUAAACAGACUCAAAGUCAUUGCACAGACAAUCAAUGUGUUCACAGAGAGUGUUUUAGAAAGAGGGGAGUAAAAGGGUCACAGCCAGGGUCCAAAAUGAAUGUUUUGCCACACCUGUCAGUUUACUCUUCGUCAAGCUCCUCACCACUUUAGUUAUGGUUGUUUGCUCAGACAAGCUUUACAGAAUGUACCGUACAAACAUUUGUGUUUAAGUAAUUGUGUAAAAGUUCAUUUACAGCUUUCACACAUAUGAAUUUAGUUGCAAAAAAUAAACACAUGAAAAUCACAGUCUGUGACAGAUUAUUAUUAUUAUUAUUUUAUUUUUUUGUAGUUUAUAUUUAUUUGAUUUUAAUCUCUCACACACAUGUGAGAUUCAGAAUAUCUGUUUUUACAAUUUGAUUUAAAUCAUGCAUUAUGUGUAUUGUCUUAUGUACUUGACAAAGCCAAGUUUCCUUUUCUUUUCUUUGUGUCAGCACUUGGCAAAUGCCCAUUUUGGACCCUGGCCACAGAUCAACACAUGCAUGCACAGACACGCUGGGAGUCAAUACUAUUUCCUCGGAGCGCAUAGGUGAAAAAAUACACAAACGCACUACAGAAAUAAAGAUAUUUAUGGUGUGAAGGAAAGAGGCUGUAUUUUUUUCAGACUGCAGAUAUUUUUGACAUGUUAUAUGCACAAUAUGAACACUUUUGAGCAGUUUUACAAUAAGGAAACAAAAGACUAUCUUUUCUCAAAAAUCUCUCACCAUCCUCAAAUAGAAACCAGAGACCUGUUUUUUAAUAAUCUCUCUUUAAUGAUCUCUUUAGAGUGUGUGUUUCAUCAUUCCAAAUUCGUUGUUUAACCAUGGUAAAGACAACUACUAUAUGCUAUCUAAUAAUUACAACAAAAAAUCUGACCAGAUCUCACCAAGCUGAACUGAAACAAUUAAAGCACAUGUACUUCUGUUUCUGUGUGUCCACAGUAUGCUGGUGGGAUGAUUAAGUGAAUUUUGAAUGUGAAUCAGUUGUCCAACAUAAAAUGUAUUUUACUCUUACUCUCUCUCUCUCUCUCUCUCUCUCUCUCUUUUUUUUUUUUUACCAAAACGAACAUAUUGCACAAGCCUGCUGUGUGACAGUAGAGCCUUGAAUUAGAGUUUGGAUCAGGAUGUGAUUUGGAUAUCCUGGAAGAGACAUUGCACUAGAAAAUAAUCCUGGAUUUGGUAAAAGAUGAUGAUGAUGAUGAUGAUGAUGACAGCAAUGACAAAUGCACCUAGGGUGAAUAGGAGAAUAAAGAUGGUUUUGAGAAACCCCUGA